AGAGGAUUCAGUCUACAGAACAAUUAGAUCGGUUCUAGCUCACCGCUAGAAGCUGCAGAAUUUUCGGCUAAAAUCCCUACCACGAUGACUGCGAACCAUUGAGCUUAUUCGAUUCAAUGCGCACAAAAUAAUGAUACGUACUCUUUCUCACGUUAAAAAGCUGUACAAUACACCAGGAGAUUUUUAACAGAACAACACGAUCGAUCGAUCGAUAAAAAUGGGUACCAUCGUUCAACUGUUUCUCUUCGUUGUUUUGUGUGCGAGUGUCGGUGGAGUGCACGGGGUGUGUAGACAUGUGCCAAACGAAGACAUGAUAGAAUACUUGUGCGUUGGUGGUCAACUUUCUGACUUGGACAAUCUUCCGGUGUACACCGGAAAAAUUCGCAUCCAGGACAUGCCGGUAUCACGGAUAACCCAGGACACAUUCUCAAGGUUCGGCUCGGAUCUCUGGGUCCUCGGUUGCUCCCAUUGCGGGAUAACAGACAUCGAGGACAGAGCUUUUCAACGUUUGAACAACCUUCAGCAACUGAGUUUGAACAACAACCACUUGACCACCGUGAAGGAAUCUUGGUUCAAAGGUCUGGACUCUCUAACCUACUUGGAUCUGAAUUACAACAACAUCGAGUCCGUCGAAAACGGUGUAUUCGAGAGUCUACCAAGCUUGGUCGACCUGAGACUUUCUGGUAAUCGUUUGGAAUGUCUGAACCUAGAAGACAUGUCUCAUUUGAAGGACCUGAAAAGGAUGUUCCUCACGGAGAAUUCCGAGUUCAAGUGUCCAAACGCUGUCAGCGCUUUUCUCGGAAGCCAAGGGGUAAGUUUGGAGAAGGAUCCAGAGUGGAGUAGACUAACGUCCGAUCUGGUCCCAGUAGAGCUUCCAAUUGAUUACGACACCGACGACGAGGAAACAUUGACCGAGGAACCGACCACGAGAUUGCCUAUCUAUCGCGAAAGAUUGCAUCCUCCAACGAUGACACCGCCUUCAGCUGUGGAAUCAACCGUUCCGCACAUCGCGCCAAGGUUCCAAACAACAGAAGAAGUGCUCUAUCGUCCAACCUACAACACCCCGGAUUGGAGAAUGACCGCAAAACCGUCUACGGUGAACUACGAAGACACGGCGAGAAGUACAACGAAUUCACCAUACGACGAUCCGAUGAGAACCUACACUACACCAAGAUUAGUCGUGUCAAUCGACGAGACAACGAAUUCACCUCCCGAGACUACGUACAACAGCCAAGAUGUAACGUCAACCUUGAGAACUUGGCCGAGAUUCCCGGAAUCCACCAGCGCCAGGCCUGAAUUGCCGGCCUAUCCACCCCAUAGAAACGAGGACGGGCGUUACACAGAACAACCGUAUUACUCGAGCCCAAUCAACUCGUUCCCCUUGGCACCGAGCCCGGAAGACGGUGAACGUCAGACGCCGACAUUCGUCGACCCUAACGCAGAAGUAACCACGAGUCUCGUUAGGACAGAUUGGACAGAGAUGAAGACCGACGAUUCGUCGAAGAUGGACAACCAAGUACCGACAAAUCACGUUUCACGACCUUUGCCACCGUCAUUGGUCGAGCCAAUGCCGCCAGAUAACGUGCAUCAAGCACCUUAUUACGAGAGCACAGUCACUGUCCAUUCACCGCAAUUGGUGAAUAAUCUGCCUCAGCAGGAGGAAGUGACUCCGGGAGCCGUGCCAAUUGAAACGACCACCGAUAAGCCAUUGCCCAAUUGUCCAACCAGGAAUUCAUCGCCGUCGUCGAGCCAGAGCUCCGUAGCAAUGAUCGUCGUUUCCGUUUUCCUUCUGAUCAGGGGACGCGUCCUUGUGGAGGGAUUUUAGCUAAAAAAAGAUUCGCUCUAACCUUACAAUCACGAUUGAACGAUUUCACCUGUUGUUAAGUUAUCUCGGACGAUCCGCAAACGAAAAGACGAAACACACACACACACAUACACGCAUAUACAUACAUCGUUUAAAGCGAACCUGUGGAAUAAUCGACGCGAAGAGUAUCGCUGAUAAUGAAACAUUAAACGACAUCACCUAUUAGAUCAUUUAAUCACAGACAUUAAGAGAUCGAGUGACCUAAAGUGUGUGCAGCUGGUAUCAUCGUUUUCUAUACCUCGAGCAAACCUCGGACACUAUUUAUUUGCGUGAUUCGCUAAAUUGGAAGAACCGAACCGACGACGGUUCGUUCUUCGGAAGCACCGCUCAGCCUGCGGAACCCACAGCAACGCGUGUCCGAGGAGGUUGUGCAAGAUUUGUUUUGCCAAGGAGUCAAAGCCAAAUACGAUUUCUGCGGCGGCGCGAUGCUGAAUAUCAAUUGAAACAGUAACAAGCGACGAGGGCCACCGCAAUGUAUCCGUGGGCCAAAGAAGCAGAGGAAGCCGAUCGUCUAGACAAAAUGCUGAAGAUCGAAAACGAAGAGAACGCAG